CCGCACGCAUCCCCGACCUCACAUGCCGCGACGCUGAGAAGGCACUCAUGAUUAUUAUAGACGUGUCGAUAGCGGAUCCACAGCGGGGUGGGAACGCACAGUUUCGGCGAGCGGCAUCCACACAGCGGGGGGUGGCGGCGACGAGGCGGGUGCAGGAGAAGAUCAGGGACUGGCGGCCGGCCUUGGUAGGAGUGCAGCCGGAGCCGAUGUUCUAUGCGUGCGUUGCUGAGACUUUCGGGCACUUGAGCGUGCCACUGCGAGAUUUUCUGGGGCUCUGCUCACAGCGCAUAGCGACGCAGCGGCGGGACGCGGGUAGUGGGGAGGAGGCAUCGGCGCGGAUCUUUGAGUGCGCUCUCACCACGCGAGUUUCAGUGGCGCUGCAGCGUGCGCAGGCGAACAUUAUCACACAGCAUGCAGUGCGACAGCUGGGAGAGUCGGACGAUGCAUGGAUGCCGAUACCGGUACCGCUUGGCGCAGGCAGCUGGAGCGGACAUCACAUCAGUGGCUGCUUUGACAGUGUGGCCGAUAUGCAGUACCUGUUUGAUGGCUAUGUGUAGAUGAAAACAAGAGUAGGCUGUGCUUGAAACGCUGUGUCUGCGCUGUAGGCGCGGGUUGCUGCUUUGUCGUGUCCCUUGGACCCCUCCCUCCUUACAGUCACACCCCUCCUCUCUUCCACCUCUCUCACCUCCCCCUUUCUUUUCCCUUACUCUUAUCU